CUUCUCCCCCCUCCCUCCCCCAAAUCGGAAGCCUAGGGUUUCCCCCGCCGACGAGCCCCCCACCGCCGCCGGCCGCUCCUCGCCGCAAUCCUCUCCCAACCUCUUCCCCGCCGCCCACCGCCUCAACUGCUCGCACUCUCCCCUCCCCUCCCCGCCGCGGCACCCAGCCGACCGACCCCUUCCCGACCCCCCCGUGGCGGAUCCGGCGAGCGGCGGUCUCCUCCGACGCCUUGUCCGCUACCUGGUUCAGUUUGGUGAUCACAAAUUUUGCAGUCCUGAGGCUUUGUUGUCAUUAAAGGGUACAUACAAAAAUAAGUCAGCAGCUAGCGAGCACCUUAAAGCUGUCUGCUGUUAUGGCUUCCAUGGCGACCAACGAGAACCUCCCACCAACUGUCAUCAGGCAAUUGGCUAAAGAACUGAAGAACCUUGAUGACUCACCUCCAGAAGGGAUCAAAGUUAUUGUUAAUGACGAUGACUUCGCCACUAUUUUUGCUGAUAUUGAGGGCCCUGCUGGAACUCCAUAUGAGAAUGGAAUAUUCCGGAUGAAGCUAAUAUUAUCUCGUGACUUCCCUCAGUCACCUCCAAAAGGAUUUUUCACGACUAAAAUUUUCCAUCCGAACAUUGCAACUAGUGGUGAGAUAUGUGUUAACACAUUGAAGAAGGAUUGGAAUCCUAGCCUUGGAUUAAGGCAUGUUCUGCUGGUAGUGAGAUGCCUCCUGAUUGAGCCAUUUCCUGAAUCUGCCCUGAAUGAACAAGCUGGGAAGUUGCUGCUUGAGAACUAUGAGGAGUAUGCACGGCAUGCAAGGCUAUAUACCAGUAUCCAUGCUCUCAGACCCAAGAGCAAGUCCAAGAGUGGAGCUAUCUCUGAGUCAACGGCAGCUCUGAAUAAGGGCCAGCCUCAUACUGUUCUUGCGCCAAUAUCUACCUCUACCGGCACAAAAGCAUUUGGCCCAAAUUCGCAGGACCGGAACGCUGCUCCUUCUGCUGUCUCAGGUGGAGCAUCGGCAGCGCCCAGGAAGGACGGGCCACUUGCCGUGAAAGUCCCCGUCGAUAAGAAGAAGAUGGAUGCGAGGAAGAAGAGUUUGAAGAGAUUAUAAUAUAUAAGCAAACCAAACUGUCAAUGCUCCUCAUAUUUGUUCUGUACUUAGUUGUCUGGCGGUGCCAGAGUCCCAGAAAUAACGAGAAGAAACUGGUUAUGGUUGUCUGCGAGGGAAGGAUUGCUUCUCUUCUGUUCGUGCCCAACUAUUGGACCCUGUUGAGCAGAAACUGUGGAGGCAGAAUAAUUAUGCGCUGCUGGGCCUCUCCUGGUCCUGUAUACUUUACUAGUGCUGCUGUUCCGGCGUCUGUUUGUGAUUUAAUGGUUCGAUGUGAACUUGAAUGGCGGAGAAACAUUUUCUUCCCAAUAGGUGGUAGAGAUUUUUCUAUCUGAAAAGAAACAGUAAUUUUGCAAAGUCAUCAAACUUGGUGAUUUAGCUCUGGCUAUAUAUAUGCUCAUCAAAAUCAAGUGAUUUAAACCGGUA